AUGUGUCACUACUUAACUCUCGACCCGCACGGCCUUAACUACUUUCUGAAUUCUGUGUGUAGUGCCAUCGAAGCUUCGGAAUAUGACAUAAUACCGCACAUAGAUGACAGUAAUCACAAAUUAAUAACCAUUUGUGAUGAUGCAUUUGGAAUAUGUAAAUGUACGUCAUCAGUCGUUUUUGACGCCUUCAAAUCAAAUGCUUUGGAAUCAGUUUCUGACAAUCUGCUGAAUUAUCUUCUACUAGUUGCUCCCAACACAACAACAUUCUGGAACUACAAGCGCAAAGCUUUAUUGAACAAUGAAAUAUCAGCCGGCUCAGAACUAAGAUUUACUCAAUUGAUUUUAAACAAGUAUCCUCGUUCAUAUGAGACGAUAUUUCAUCGUCAGUGGGUUAUUCAGCGUUACAAUUAUAUCAGUGAUCAAGAAUUCCUAUCAUCUGAAUUGGAGCUAUGUGGUAAAUUUGCUGAUAAAUAUCGUUGCAACUAUGGUUUGUGGCAAUACCGUCGGUUUCUACUAUCACAUCAACAAAAUCUAAAGAUAUAUAAGAUGGAAUUGAAUAAUAUGAAUACUUGGUUGGCAAAGCAUCCAACUGAUGUAAGUGGUUGGAGUUAUUUAGAAAGUGUCCUUGAUAGAUUAGUGCACCAAUCAGUUGCUGUUCCAAUGUCAGAUAAUGAACAAUUAACACUGGAAUACUCAACAAAGAUAAUCCAAAGUUAUUUUGAAAAAGUACAUAAUAUUUUAGAACUUUAUCCUGAAAGAGAAUGUGUAUGGAUGUUUAGUCUGCCCGCAACUAAAUGCCUUGGUACACUCAAGAAUAAAGCGUUGGCCUCACAUGGACAUAAGAAAUUAGGAUGUACACAUCAUGAAAUCAUGAAUGAAAGGAGACCAAUUGAUAAACACAUAGUUAAUUAA